AUGAAGCUCCAAGCCGCACUCGCCGGUCUCCUCUUCGCGUCGACCGCCUCAGCGGACCCUUCAUGGCACGACCUCACUAUCACCGCCCCGCGCUAUGGUCGAUACCUCACGCGCACGACGUCCGGUGAGCCCUUCUUCUGGCAGGCCGACACUGCGUGGGAGCUGACCCACAAGCUGAACAAGACGUCCAUCGACUUCUACCUCAAGACCCGAGCUGAACAGGGCUACAACGUGGUGCAGACGGUGGUGAUCGCGGAGCUGAACGGCACCACGCGCGCCAACUUCUACGGCGACCUACCGUACAACAACUCGGACACGACGCAGCCCAAUGACGCGUACUUCCAGCUCAUCGACUGGACGGUGGACCUCGCUGCCAGCUACGGCAUCUUGGUCGCGCUGGUCCCCGUGUGGGGACGCUGGGUCAAUGGAGGCUGGCAUGGUGACGAGGUAUCGAUCUUCAACGAGUCCACGGCCUACGAGUGGGGCAAGUACAUCGGCGAUCGCUAUCCGGGUCUUCCGAAGAUCCUGGGCGGCGACUCGGACUGCAUCUGGGCGCGCAACACGAGUAAAGCUAUGGUCUCGUACGCGGCAGACCCGAACGUGGACCCCGCGACGCUGCUUGGCCCGUUAGAAGACACCACGGACAUCUGGGUGAGCAUGCGCGCUGGAGUCAAGGACGCAGAGACUGCGCACGGCUACGAGCCGGUGAUUCUCUUCCACCCGACUGCGGGUUGGAUCUCUCGGCCCGAGAACACCCCAGAGGCGUACGGCCACCUCAUGCUGCCGAAGGAGGAGCACCGCGUGUCCAUUAACGGAGUUCAGUCUGGCCACGCCACCCCCGACGCGCUGGGCGGAUUCACGCCGUACACGACGUGGGACUCGACCAAGAACUACGAGCUCAUCGCAAAGAUGAGGGACGAGUUCACGGGCCCGGUGCUGGACCUCGAGAACCACUACGAAGGCGCGCACGACAACUUCAAGAUGGCGUUCCCCAUCUGGAAUGCCUCUGAGGUCCGUACGGGGCUGUACCAUGGCGUGUACGGUGGAGCUGCAGGCUUCACCUACGGAGCCAACAGCGUGUGGCAGAUCCCCAGCGGCCACGAUGACGUGUCUGUCAAUGCGUUCGAAGGGACUCGGUACAUCUCAGUCCUCGCCUCGGAGAACUGCGACCGCUACUUUGCGUACACUGGCCACGGAGACUCCUUCAGCCUCAAACUGAGCAACGGAUCGGAACGCUCGGGCAGCGCUCGAUGGUUCUCCCCGCGCGACGGCCAGUACUACGCCAACUCGACUGUGAGUGUCCCAGCCAGCGGCAAUGGCACGCGCGUGGACUUCACGCCUCCUUCGGGUGGCAGUGUCGACGACGACUGGCUUCUAGUCGUGGAGUUUUAA